AUGGCAAAGGUGGUAAAAAUAUUAAACGCAAUAGGAGCAGAGAUUAACAGCGAGCAAUACAUCGAUGAAACAAUGAAAAUAGGAAAAUAUAAAUCAAUGAGCACAAGACCCAUAAUGAUGAAAAUGACCACGGGAGAAAGCAAAAUGGAAAUACUGAGAAAAGCAAAAAAAUUGAAGAGCACAAACACAGGGAUUGACGAAGAUUUUACUAAGAAAAGGGUAAGAGAGAAAAAUAAUUUAGAAAAACAGGAAAACAAACGGGGAGCUCAAGAAGUGAAAGACAAGAAAAACCGUAAAAGAGAAAAGAAGGAAAAAGAAAGAUUGGAUAAGAAGGUAUGGAAAAUAAGGACUUGGAAUAUUAGAAGCAUAACAGGAAAAGAAAGAGAAUUAAUUACCGAAUUUGAGCAAGCGAACUUAGAUAUACUAGGCAUAACCGACUCAAAAAAGAAAAAAAAACAAGGGAUGAUGGAAAUGAAAGAGGAACACGUAUUAAUCUAUAGUGGUGUAAAUAAAGACAUGAGGGCAAGAGAAGGAGUGGGAUGUAUUCUCAAGAAAGAGCAUAGAAGGGUGGAGAUUCAUCUUAAAAGGAAUAUUACAAAUAGUAUAGCAUAUGGACCUACCGAGGACGAAAAAACUGAGAAAAAAGGGAGUUCUAGAAUGAACUAA